AUGAAGAAAAUUAUGCUUGUGAUUGUUUUUACAACACUCCGUGUCGAAGCAUCAAACGUCGAUUUGUCCGAGUGGUUAAGGAGUGUGACUAGAAAUCACAUGGGCUCUGCCCGCGUAGGUUCAAAUCCUGCAGUCGACGAAGCUUUUGAGAUUUUAACAUUUUUACACUUUGUCGUGUUUCAUGCCCGAAUUCUUGUCAGCCAAUCAGGAUGA